AUGUGGUUAACUAUCCCGUUGCUACUCGUCAGCACCCUUCUCGGAUUUUCUGGCGUUGCUGUAGCAGACAAUCCCAUCGUCCAAGACAUCUACACCGCAGACCCAGCACCAAUGGUCUACAACGGCCGUGUCUACCUCUUCACGGGCCAUGACAACGACGGCUCUACCGACUUCAACAUGACAGACUGGCGUCUGUUCUCGUCAGCAGACAUGGUCAACUGGCAGCACCACGGUGUGCCCAUGAGCUUGAAGACUUUCAGCUGGGCCAACAGCAGAGCCUGGGCUGGACAAGUCGUUGCCCGAAACGGAAAGUUUUACUUUUACGUUCCGGUCCGUAAUGCCAAGACGGGAGGAAUGGUUAUCGGCGUGGGCGUUAGCACCAACAUCCUUGGACCCUACACAGAUGCCCUUGGUAAACCCUUGGUUGAGAAUAAUGAGAUCGACCCAACUGUGUAUAUCGACACUGAUGGUCAGGCAUACCUGUACUGGGGCAACCCUGCACUCUACUAUGUCAAGCUCAACCAAGACAUGCUCUCCUACAGUGGCAGCAUCAACAAGGUUCAGCUCACAACUGCUGGAUUCGGUAGCCGCCCGAACAACGUGCAACGACCCACAACCUUCGAAGAAGGCCCUUGGCUAUACAAACGUGGCAAUCUUUACUAUAUGAUCUACGCCGCCAACUGCUGUUCCGAGGAUAUCCGCUAUUCAACUGGACCCAGCGCCACUGGACCAUGGACUUACCGCGGUGUCGUGAUGAAUAAGGAGGGUCGAAGCUUCACUAACCAUCCUGGCAUCAUCGACUUUGAGAACAACUCGUACUUCUUUUACCACAAUGGUGCUCUUACUGGCGGUAGCGGGUAUACCAGGUCCGUGGCUGUCGAGAGCUUCAAGUAUGGUUCGGACGGUCUGAUCCCUGAGAUCAAGAUGACAACUCAGGGUCCAGCUCAGGUCAAGUCCUUGAACCCAUAUGUCAAGCAGGAGGCCGAGACCAUGGCGUGGUCUGAGGGUAUCGAGACUGAAGUCUGUAGUGAAGGCGGCCUCAACGUUGCCUUCAUCAACAACGGUGACUACAUCAAGGUCAAGGGGGUCGACUUUGGCAGCACUGGUGCAAAGACCUUCAGUGCUCGUGUUGCAUCCAACAGUAGCGGUGGGAAGAUUGAACUUCGACUUGGUAGCAAGACUGGAAGGUUGGUUGGUACCUGCACGGUAACGACUACUGGAAACUGGCAGACUUACAAGACUGUGGAGUGCCCUGUUAGUGGUGCUACUGGAACGAGUGAUCUUUUCUUGGUGUUCACAGGCACUACCUCUGACUAUUUGUUCAACUUUAACUGGUGGCAGUUUAGCUAG